CCAUAUGGACUGUAUGUAGUUUUAAGUGGCAUACAGCAGCGACGAAAACUUAAGGAUGCACGAAGAUGUAGUCGCAGAGAAUGAUAUCACGACAAAUCUUGAAAGAUUGAGGUCACUUCACCGCAAUGCUCUCAACCGGCAGGCAGCCAGAAAGGCAACAUGCCCAGAGGUUGUCGCUGCGUUGAAACAGCUACCCGAGCUGCUAAUUUGGGGAGACAGAAAUGACUGUGAUGUCAUGUUCGAGUACUUUUGUGAGUCCCGUAUGAUGGAAUUUCUUACUGCUGAGUUGCCAAUGACACCAGUAAAAGUGGUGAGAAUCCAACUUCUGCAGACGCUGUCCAUGCUGGUACACAAUAUAAACAACGAACGGAUGUUGUACUAUAUGCUUUCGAACAACUACAUGAACAAUUUAGUUACCAACCGAAACAUUUACGCUUCCGAUGAAGUUAGCAGUUGGACGGUGUCUUUAUUAAAGACCCUAAGCAGCUUGAUUAAUGGUACCACCAUCAAGUUUUUCUUUCACGAGGGUAAUACUGACUUCCCGCUGUUGGAGGGAGCCCUGAAGUUUCUGUCUAGCAGUGACAGUAUCAAGCGUGCCCAUGCAAUGACUAUUGUUUUGAGUAUUCUAAGGUUAAACGACCCGUCAGUUAACCUCUAUGUGGUAUCCCAGUCACGAGUAAUCAUGCAACUCACGGGCUUCCUGAGACACACUUGGCGUAGACUUGAUAGGCACCUUCACGUUGAUUCCAAUGAGUUGACCGAUAAAUCAGGUUACAUUGACACAGCUAUAGUACAAUGUGAUGACGCAUUCCAGUUUUUGCAGGAUAUUCUGGAUCUCGGAAACCCAGAGAUCUCUGAGGCGCUGACGCAACAUAUGUUAGCCCACUGUCUCUUUCCAUUGUUAGGCUCACUGCUGUCAGCUGUGGAGUGGGAAGUAACUGCCCUUGUACCAGUAACCCUACCACAGGAAUUGCAGGAUAUUUCCAUCCUUUACAAAAUAUACCAACAGCUGCUAAUGCAUAGCGGGCUUAUGAGUAUAUACGCAAGGAACAAAAGCGAGUUUUUUGGCGCUCCCAUUUCGCGCGAUGACUGUACAAAUGACGUGACAGAGUCUCGUAGACUAUCUUACUUCCUAUUGGUACACCACCUAUGCUCAAUGGGUAAGGGACCAUUGAAGCGAUAUAUUUUAUUACUUCUGCAAUGCCCAUUUAUCCCCCGUAAUGUGCUGGAGCAUCUGUGUCAUUGCACUAAACAGAGUUCAGAUUACGCAAGCAGUUGCGAACCCAUUGAUACUUCGUUAUCCAUAUUUACAUCCAUGCAAGCAUGGGACCACUAUGUUUUUGGCGAUGAAAGUAACGAUUCUCUAUCGGAAAAUAUGGAUAUUUCGGACAAUGACUAUCUGCUGAAUAUUAUAAUGGCCGAAUUUAUUCGAUUGGCCGUAUGUGAGCUUCCGAAGAGUGAUACGAAACUGAAGCUGCUGCUAAAUGUCAUAAGGCACUCACAGAUUAAUCCCACUUCACCACUGGAACGUUUCGUUGCCAGUUUAACUAUCCUACAGUCGCUAAAUGUAGCAACGCGUUGGGUUGGUGAAGUUACUCUUAGACUUCCUGUAUUACGCCUCAUGUGUUGCGUGGUUAAGAACGGCGUAAACAUGUUAAAGGAACAUAAUGCUGAUGAAAUGCCACGCAUAGUGGAUGAAAUAUGGUUUCAUCUAGAAGCAGGAUACAAUAUGGUCACAACGCUAGUAGAAAGCGAGAUGGCAGUUGCAACACCAAGGCAUACUGAGGUGUUUCGGGAGGAGUGGUCUCGGCCUAGUGACUUGGAAAGUGGUUGUUCAACUGACAUAUCUAAGGAUCCUCUGGGUGAGCUUGAUUCAGUGGAUACAUCAGAUCCCCUCUCAAUAUUCCUCCGGCACGUUAAGGCAGCGAAUCUACUUAGACAGUGCUUACAGGACCUGGAACUAUGGAACAAACCGAGAUGAACCAACUGUUUCACGCUAUUGUUUGCACCAUCACCAUGGAAAGGAAGUAGGUAACCUGGAGCUCAUAGUCAAAGCUCCCCAACACGGAGAUUAUAUGUUCCAGAAGUACAGAUAUUUUGCUUCAAUAAGCCUAUU